AUGAACCAAAAUAUACCACCAGAGCAAACACCUCAAACACGCGAAUUCCGCCGCGGCCACAAACAUAGUGCUUCGAUGCCGGCCAAUAUGCAAGCAUACGCAAACAGACCACUCCCGCCUCUGCCGGUACCGCCAUCCUCUGCCCCGAGAGCGAUGACGCCUCAGCCCGCUGCAAGAAACUCUGCGACGUCGUCGGGAUCUCUGCCGGUCUUUGCUUAUCAAGGGUCGUUUCCCAUUAAUCGAAGAAACACGACGCGGGGAGAUAUUCCUACCUCAGCCCCGCGACGUUUUCCAUCUCUAACAAUGCCGUCAUCGCCGGCCAAAGCUAGUCAAACGCACCGAAAUAGCUAUGCCGCGUCGACCUGGUCUCGUAGGUCGUCGCACCAAAAGAUCUUCCAGCUUACCGGUAUGGAUGUGGAUGUUAUGGACGAUCAGUCGUUUCGAUCUGGUGGUGGAGGAGAUUCCGAUUCUUCCUCUACAGGUUCCGGCGUGAGACUGGAAGAGCCGGCAAACUAUGACACUCCAGACUACCACCUUGUGCCGGUGUUGGAGACUGAUGUGGAUGGCUCCUCUAGCAGGGAGAGCUCAUGGGGUCCAAUGUCUCCCGACCUGGCAGUUGUGCCACAGCCUCUGAACAUUCAUAGACAGCUAAUCCGGGAUGGAAGUGAGAAGCAAUUUGGUACUAUGAGCGGCUCAUUUACGCAAAUGCAUUUGGAAGACGGUGUGGCCCGUCCUUGGGACCCGGCGUUUGGUCAAUUUGGUGAGCACGGAGCUGCUGGUGAAUAUCACCAGUUUACGGCUCAACUUGCGAGCAGACACUCUCGUCAGCUCAGCGACAGUGCCUUGCAGCCGGCCUCGCCGCCCAAAAAGAAAAGGUCAUCAUUGAGUCUGGCUUUCUCUGCAGCUACACGAUUCCGGCGUCGAGAAAACACUCAGCCUCUUGACAUUGCUGCAACAAUAACGAGACCUCAGAGCGCGCUCAGAGAGACUCGCACGCAGCCACAGCAACAACAAGAUGCCAAAUCUCAAUCGCAAUCGCAAUCGCAAUCGCCCAAUCUUGACUUUGUACCGAAGCUGAAGCGACGAUCUCGUUCGGUGCCAGCUACUCCCAUAUUGGCACUGGCCAAUGCACCGCCGCCUCGGCCCAGUCCAGCUCCGCCUUUGAUGAGCGCAUGGGAUAGCGACUCUGACGACGGAGAUGGGCACGUCAUGUCGAGUCUCAAAGACUGGUUCGCGAACCGAGCUUCCGAGGAUAGCAAGCUUCACCGGCGCACGUCGAGUGCCUCCCGGACAGGGCCAGAUCGGCAGCUCGCAAGCAUGAAACAGGAUGCGAUGCGCGAGUCGAUCAUCCGCCCACAAGACAGGUACAAGCAGGUGCAAAUGGAAAAGGCAGCCAAGCGAAGAGAGCAGAUGCGACCUCAGAUGAAAGUCGUUCCCGAGGGCAUCAUGUUACUUAACAUCCAUCUGUGA